UGGAGCAGUAAUUUAACGUCUUCCAACCUGGCGGAUGUCGUACCUGUCGAAAUUUGAUUGCAAAUCAGCUAGAGUUAAGGGAUUAGCUUUCCAUCCUAAAAGACCAUGGAUUCUUAGCAGUCUUCAUACAGGAAUUAUACAGUUAUGGGAUUAUCGGAGUUGUACGCUUAUCGAAAAGUUUGAAGGACACGAGGGUCCUGUUCGUGGCAUCGAUUUCCAUGCAAACCAACCUUUAUUUGUCUCAGGAGGAGAUGAUUAUAAAAUCAGGGUAUGGAAUUACAAACAGCGAAAAUGCUUGUUUAACUUGAUUGGUCACUUAGACUACAUAAGAACUACGUUCUUUCAUAAAGAGUAUCCUUGGAUCUUGAGCGCUUCAGAUGAUCAGACAAUUCGCAUUUGGAAUUGGCAAUCACGAGCCAUAGUAUCUAUUCUAACUGGACACAGCCAUUAUGUUAUGUGUGCUCAAUUCCAUCCGAAGGAAGAUCUUAUUGUAUCAGCAUCUUUAGACCAGACUGUGCGCGUUUGGGAUAUGUCAGGGUUGCGGAAGAAGAGUGUGGCUCCAUCGUCCCUGUCAAGUAUUGAAGACCACUCACGACAGUUUUCAGGCUCCUCUGGUCCUGGUGGUUCUAGUUCAAAUCUGUUUGGUCCAAGUCAUACAGAAUUGUUUGGAACAACCGAAGUAAUUGUUCGUCAUGUGCUUGAAGGUCACGACCGUGGAGUUAAUUGGGUAGCUUUUCACCCAACCUUGCCGAUAGUUGUAUCUGCGGCAGAUGAUCGACUUAUUAAAAUAUGGAGAAUGACUGAAUCAAAAGCAUGGGAGUUGGAUACACUUCGUGGUCAUUUUAACAAUGUUAGCUGUGUUGUAUUUCAUCCGAGACAAGAUUUACUACUUUCUGAUUCUGAAGAUAAAUCUAUCAGAAUAUGGGAUUUAGCCAAACGAACUUGUGUAUCAACUAUUCGUCGAGAUUCUGAUAGAUUUUGGGUUUUGAAUGCUCAUCCAAAACUAAAUAUAUUUGCUUCUGGUCAUGAUACAGGAUUUGUUGUUUUCAAGUUGGAACGUGAAAGACCUGCAUUUACAGUAUAUAAAGAUUAUUUGUUUUAUGUAAAACUUCCUCAUCUAAGACGAUUAGACUUUACCGCUACCAAAGAUAUUCCUAUUAUUCAACUACGAGAAGGUCGUGGUCAGCCUGUAAGUGUUGGUUAUAAUCCAAUUGAGAAUGCUAUGUUAGUCUUAAGUCGACCACGUCAAAGUGAGCUAAACUCAUCAGCUAGUGCUUCCGUAACAAGUGGAACUAAUAUGGUAUAUGAUUUGUAUAUGUUACCUAAAACAAUGGAUAGUAGUAAUACUCAACCUGAACAUGUGGAAAGUCGAUCAGGUAGCGGAAUGGCUGUUGCUUGGAUCGGUCGUAAUAGAUUUGCAGUUUUAGAGAGUUCUGGAUCGAUUGUUAUAAAAAAUCUUUCGAAUGAAAUUGUUAAAAAAGUAUCUUAUUCUGGUGUUGAUCAAUUUUUCUAUGCUGGAACUGGUAAUUUAUUAAUUCGUGAUUCUAAUGGAAUCAGUCUAUGUGAUGUUGCAAAUAAGCGUACUCUGUCAACAUUGAAACAUAUUAAGUACAUUCGUCAUGUUAUUUGGUCUCCUGAUGGUCAAUAUGUUGCAAUGUCCACUAAACUAUAUCUUUAUUUAUGCGAUCGACAUCUAGAAAUCAAAGCUACUGUACAUGAAACAGUUAGAAUUAAAAGUGGUGCUUGGGAAGAACAUGGUGUUUUCGUUUAUACAACAAGUAACCAUAUUAAAUAUUGUCUCUUAAAUGGUGAUUAUGGAAUAAUUCGAACCCUUGAAUUACCUGUUUACAUUGCACGUGUUCGUGGCAAUUCAGUAUAUUGUAUUAAUAGGGAUUGUUCACCGCUUGUAUUCACAAUAGAUCCUACAGAGUUUCGUUUUAAAUUAGCACUGGUUAAUCAUCGAUAUGAAGAAGUUCUUCAUAUGGUUCGUAAUUCAAAUCUUGUUGGUCAAGCUAUCAUUGGUUAUUUAGAAAAGAAAGGAUAUCCAGAAGUUGCACUACAUUUUGUCAAAGAUGCACGUACACGAUUUUCAUUAGCUAUGGAUUGUGGCCAAUUAGAUGUUGGCUUAGAAGCUGCUCAAGCAUUGGACGAUAAAGCUUGCUGGGAAAGACUUGGUGAAUUAGCUUUGAAACAAGGCAAAUUACAACUGGUCGAAAUGACUUAUCAGCGAACUAAAAAUUUUGAUAAACUCACUUUCUUAUAUUUGAUUACUGGAAAUUUUGAAAAAUUAAGAAAAAUGAUGAAAAUUGCUGAAAUUCGAAAAGACACAUCAAGUCAUUAUCAUAUUGCAUUACUUUUGGGCGAUGUUGCUGAACGUGUAAAACUGUUACGUAAUUGUGGACAAAAACCACUUGCCUAUCUUACCGCUGCUACACAUGGCCUUCAACAAGAAGCUAAAGAAUUGGAAGAUCAACUCACUGCAUUAUCAUUGCAAUCUGCAUCCGUUGAUUCCAAUGUUUCCUUUAUACCAGAAAUUAAUCCAAAUGCUUGUUUAAUAAUGCCAUCACCACCUGUCGUUCGAGCUGAUAAAAUUAUUGAUGGAAAACCGUUAGAAAAUGAUUGGCCUCUACUUAGUGUACAAUUGAAUUUCUUUGAAUCAGCAAUAGCUCAACGUCGAAAUGCUGCAUUAAAAUCAGGUGAUAGAAUUGAUGAACAAGAUAACAAGAUAAUUGGUACUUCCACAGUAUCAGCCAGUCUACUUUUAGACACAGAGGAUGUACCUGAAGGUGCUUGGGGAAAAGAUGCUAAUCUGGAACUUGAUGAAUCCAAUGAAUUCGAAGAUAAAUUAGACAUUCGCGAUGAUGCAAUAAAUUCAAGUGAAAUCGGGGAUAAAAAUCCAGAUGAUGAUGGUGGAUGGGAUAUCAAUGAUGCGGAUUUAGAAUUACCCACUGAUCUUCAAAAUCCUAGUAUAGUUUUAACGAAUAAAGUGGAGAAUGCCUAUGUUGCUCCAUCACCUGGUCGACCUAAUAGUUAUUUAUGGAGUGAAAAUUCUAAUUUACCAGCUGAUCAAAUAAUGGCCGGAAAUUGGGUGAAUGCAAUGCGUCUACUCAAUGCUCAAGUUGGAAUAGUUAACUUUGAACCGUAUAAAACAAUUUUCAUGAAUUUGUUCAGUGCAUCACGUACAAUGUGUAUGGCAUUACCAUUGGUACCGUCACAGUUUGCAUAUCCACAACGUAACUGGAAGAAAAUUUCACCAACAUCUAUUCUACCAGCUCCUGUAAUAACUUUAAAUGAAUUAAUCACACGUCUACAAACAGCAUAUCAAUUAACAACUAAAGGAAAAUUUCAAGAGGCUAUCAAUCGUUUUCGUAUAAUUUUAUUAUCUAUACCAUUAUUGAUAGUGGAUUCAUCAUCGGAAGAAUCGGAAGCUCGUAGUUUAAUUAAUAUUUGUCGAGAAUAUAUCGUAGGUCUGUCAAUGGAAAUGACACGUAAAUCUAUGCCAAAGGAUACAUUAGCUGAACAAAUUCGUAAUGCUGAAUUAGCAUGCUAUUUUACACAUUGUCGUUUGGAAACACCACAUCUUAUGUUAACGCUUAGAACUGCAUUGAAUCUGUUGUAUAAACUGAAAAAUUAUCGAUCUGCUGCAACAAUGGCAAGACGUUUAUUAGAUUUGGCACCAUCCAUGGAUGUUGCUCAACAAACACGUAAAAUUUUACAAGCCUGUGAAUCAAUGACACCAUGCGAAGAUUCGCAUACUCUAAGUUAUGAUCCAUUAAAUCCUUUCGAUUUAUGUGCAGCUACUUAUGUACCUAUUUAUCGUGGUAAGGAUUCUGUACGUGAUCCUUUAAGCGGAGCAUACUAUGUACCAUCAAUGAAGGGUCAACUAUGCCGUGUUACUGGGGUUACAGAAAUAGGCAUCGAACAUCAAGGUUUAGUGAUUCGAUCAAAUCGUUCCUGAAUAAUAUUGAUUGUCCGAUGUACAAUGCAAUUGCCUUGAAUGUUAAAAUGAGUGGAUAAUACUUUUUCUGUAUUGUACUGUGAUCAGUUUUUUUCUCUCCUUUUUUUGCUUUUUCUCAUUAAUAUAUAAUUAAUUGUGUAAUUCAUUUCGGGUUUGGUCUACUAUGCAAAAAAUAAACAUUUUUUUAAAAAAAGUAUUGAUUGUG